AGUUGUUUUUCUUCGCAGUGGCUGGCGGGCGUGGAGGACAGCGCGAUGGCUGUCACGGUAAAAGAAUGCCUGGAACUCCAGCUGCUGGAAGUGGAAAUGCUCCUUUCGAUGUUUCCCAAAAGGGGUGAAAUCAACCUGGAUAAAGAUGCUGUGCCCAGCGUCCAGCGCUACCUUAAAAACGCUAAUGGAGCUCCCCCGCAGCUCGAAUAUUGCAUCGCCCUUGAUGUGGGGGAGGCGAAGGUAAAGGUGGAACUGCAGGUACACCUUCCUCAUAUGUAUCCUCAGGUAGCUCCUCAGCUUUUUGCCAGAUCAGAUGCGCUGCACAGAGAGCAACAGCUGCAGCUCAACACCCGUCUCACUUCUCACAUCAGCUCUCUGGAUUCAGGUGAUCUGUGCAUAUGUGAAGCUGUGCAGUGGGUGAAGGACAACAGCCUGCCUUACUUGGAAAACAGUAAGAUCUCUUCUGAAGGUGCUUCAAAAGAAGUCAGAGUUAAAGAAUCGUUGCAUCGCAUGUGGAUCUACAGCCACCAUAUUUACAGGCAGGAACUGAGAAAAAAGAUUUUUGACUCUGCAAAGAACUUAAAUCUGACUGGCUUCUGCCUAACUGGGAAACCUGGUGUCAUCUGUGUGGAGGGGCUCCAAGAAAACUGUGAGGAGUUCUGGCGUGUUAUUAGAUAUCCCAACUGGAAGCAUAUUUCAUGCAAGCAUGUGGACAAUAUAGAAACAGAGGGAAACAUCGAUGAUCUUCGUCUCUUUCAUGGUUUUGAAGACCUGCAGUUUCAGGCACAUGGUGGUUAUGGCCUGAGGAAUGACUAUCACAUGGAUCUUGGCCAGUUCCUAGAAUUCCUGAAACAGCAUCAAAGUGGACACAUUUUUCAGAUUUUAUUUGGUGUUGAAGGCAAAAUUUCAGACAAAUAAGAGAAACUGUGUAAGGAGUUCUAAUUUUGGACAGCAACCACUGAAAUACUGUGCCUUACAGCUACUGUGAAAAGGGAAACUUUAAAUACUUGAACCUUUCUUCUGGGAUAAUAAUGUUAGCUUCUGUUCUGAAUUGCCACAUAUUUUUGAGAAGUGUUCGCUAAUUUUCUAAAAAGACCCUAGAACUGGCAUUUGUGACUAUGAGCCAUGACUCAAAGUGCCUGCAAGGUGCUAAAAACCCCACACUAUA